AUGCGUGCAGUCCCAAGUCAGAACUCAGAAGAGAGGGAAUUAGGGUUUCUAUCGUUCUUCGUCGCUUCCGAGAGUUCAGUGCAAGACGAAGCUACAAUGUCAAGGCUGUGCGAAUCAAGUGCCGACAGAAUUAGCCAUCUUCCUUAUGAUGUGAUGCAGCGAAUUCUCUCGUUCUUACCCGUAAAUGAUGCAGCCAGAACAGCCACACUGUCGAAACAAUGGCGGCACAACUGGAGGGCAAAUACCCAACUCGUGUUCGACGGCGAUUUCGGCGAAAUCUCAAAAGAGGGUAGCUAUGAUUCGAAUGCGAUUAAGCUAAUGUUUCAGAUUUGCAAAGCUCUGAUGGUUCAUGAUGGACCCAUAACCAAGUUCGUGCUUGAAAUUCCUGGAUUAAGGCGGCCUUCUCCUGAUAUCAACCACAUCGUUCACUUCCUCGCCAAGAAAGGCGUCCAGGAGCUCGCCCUUAUCUUUUCUGAUGAUGGAAUUGACGACGGGAACCCGAUGAUUGAGCGAGAGAUGCCUUCUGCGUUGUUUUCUGCUGGCCAACUCAGCUCUCUGAUACUGCGGGACUGUGAUUUCUCUGUGGCACCAUCCUGGUUUCUGGGAUUUAGUAAGCUUACCCAUCUUGAGUUAGCAAACGUAAAUGUGGAAUCUAGUUUUUAUAGCGACUUCCUUCCCAUUUGCCCGCUUCUCCAAGAUCUGAAGCUUUUUAUCUGCGACUCUCAUGUGGAAUUCCAUCUGAAGGCUGAAUUAGUAGCUCCUUCGCUCAAAGUGUUUGAAUCCAAUGUUUGGAAUGUCUGCUUCAAGCAUACCCCACUUCUUUCAGUGGUAUCUAUCUCGCCGGUUAAUGAUCCAGAGGAUUGUGAACAAAGCGGCUUUCAUGUGUAUAAUCCGGAUAUUGCAGCUGUACUUGGCUCUCUCCCUGCAAUCCAGGAGUUAGUGGUUGGCUUAGAAUUGCUUCUUUUCUUUGCCUCUGGUAAUGUCCCCUGCAUACUUCCUACACAUCUUCAUCACCUGAAAGUCCUCGAACUGCACUACAUUCUACUGCAUCGUAUAUCAGAAGCGCGUGUUCUUCUCUGUCUAAUCACGAGUUCCCCCAAUUUGCAAAGGCUUCUCAUUUUGUCCGGUGUCGACGAUACCCUUCCAGAAAAAGAGGUUAUUGACAGCUUACAGUUGUUGUUGUUGGGAGCAGAGGACCAUUCUACUGCAAGUUGUUUUCGGUGCCUUCAAGAGUUGAGCUUAAAGGAAGUCCUGGGCACUCGUGUUGAGUUGGACCUGUUGAGGUUUGUACUAGCCACUGCCCCACUGCUUCGUAGGAUUUUCAUCAGGCCAGCGGGAAAACUGGAUACUAGUAAAAGUCACAAAUUCUUGAAGGAGAUGACACAAUAUAAGCGCGCUUCCAAAGAAGCAGAGAUCAUAUAUUUUUGGAACGACGAGGCUGACACUUAAUACUUUGUUCCUGUAAAUGAUGUGGCGAUAUUUGAUCUAUCGCCAAUGUGAAUUUUGGAGCUACGCUUAAUCCUUUUUUCUUAUAAAUGAUGCGAGGAUGUUUGAUCUAUAGCUUAGUGUUCAUUUUGAAGGCAAGAGGGUUUUUUUGUUUUUGUUUUUCGUUUGGCCUUAAUCUAUGUGGAAAUGGAUUUACUUAGUUCUACUAUUUUGUAUAGAGAAAGAUCAAGUGGCUAAGGUUUUGACUGAAUGG